UCACCAGAAAGUAAAACGUGGAUUGGUAAAAAAGGCUAGCUGAUUAAUUCGUUAAAAUUCUACCUAAAAUUUAUUUUAUUGUUAUUAAAAAUAGUUUGAUUUAAAACUUAAUUCUAUUGUGCUAAAACCGAAUGCUAAAAAGGGUAAGAAAAAGCGUUAAAACCUUAAAAUUAGCUAAAACAAAUUGUAAAAAUUAUAGGUUAGCGCUACAGGAACCUAUCAAACAUAAUAAAUCGCACGACAGAUAGGAAACGUACAAACGAUUGAAUUUCGGAAAAAGUGUUUCCAUCGUUGCAUUUUCAACACUUUAAAAUUUUCGUUUUAUCAAACGAUCUACGAUGCCAAGAGGGAAUCUUCGACAGCGUCAAACGCCAGAGGAAAGCUCUAUGCAAACGUGCCUGCUUUGCAAUCAUUCGGACAACGAUGAGAUGGUGUGCUGCGAUAGAUGUGCCUGCUGGUUUCACUUCGUCUGCGUCGGAGUCAACGAGGACGUGGCCAAUCGUUCUUGGAGCUGCCCGGAUUGCUCGCCAGCUGAAGAUCCGGUUCCACAAUUGCCACAAUCAUCGACCCAACCAGGAAAUGCAAGGGAACCAUCCAAUCUUCCGGCACAACCAUCACCGCAAUUGCCGAUUCUGCCACCGCCGGGACUGUCAUCCGUGCCUCCUCGUCAAAUUCCAACCCCUCGUCCUCGCACGUCAAGAUUAGGUAGUGUAACACCACCGACACCACUGCCUCGCACUCCACGUCCAUUGGAUCAGCUUCUUCCGGUUGUUGAGGUCCAGGAAGAACGGGCAACUAAUCAUGUCGCGCACAUCGAAGCUGAUCUGCUUAAUGAAUUGUCGGCAGACCUUCGCAUUCAGCUUUUGGAGGAACAAGAAGCAAUCGAACAGCGAUAUUUACUGCGUAGGUUUCAGUUAUUGUUGGGUUCGUCACAUAACAUUAAUUCAUCGAAUCCUCGAGCACCUGUUAGGAUCAAUCGUAUCGCUGGUCCCGUUCCUGUAAGUCAUUCUUCGCCAAUGAAUGCGAAUCAACCGUCUUUACUUACAACCACUCAAAAUCGAAUUGAAUCACCAUUUGUCCCGAUUUCUCACGCUCAACGAACGGAACAUACUCUGACUUUUCCCGUCGUUGAAAAUCGAUCGAAUUUCGUAGAAUUCCGUCCACCUCGAUCUUUAAGGGGUCCUAUUGCUUCGACGCUGGUUCCACCUCAGACAAAUCCACCUACGUUCCAACGUUCCAACGAUAAUCAGCGUAUGCGAUCUUCUGCUUUCGCACCGUUUGUUAGUAACGCUCCAACCGGUCUGGAAUAUCACCCGUCGGUCUUUCAUGAUGAUCCUACUGCAGUAGGGGGUACGGUAUUGCUCAACAGAAGUCAGAUCGCUGCUCGUCAUGCAGUAUCGAAGGAGUUACCAGUGUUUACUGGCGAACCGGAAGAGUGGCCCUUUUUUUUGCGUCUUUUGAAAACACAACGCACCUUUGCGGAUUCACAGCAGAGGAAAAUAUGGUUCGGCUUUAAAAGUGCCUAAGAGGGAAAGCGCUGGAAGCGGUAAAGUGUCAACUGUUGCACCCUAGCAAUCUGGAACAAGUUCUGGCUACACUGAAGAUGCUCUUCGGCCGUCCAGAAAUCAUUGUACAUUCGUUAAUACAGAAAGUAAAUAAUCUGCCAGCCCCUAAAGCAGAUCGUCUCGGAACGCUCGUUGAUUUCGCUCUUGCUGUACGUAACAUGGUAGCUACAGUUCAGGCUUGUGAAUUAGAGGAACAUUUGUGUAACCUCACUCUUCUGCACAGUUUAACCGAGCGACUUCCUCCAAUGAUUCGAUUGAAUUGGGCGACUCACCGACAGUCUCUCCGGUCCGUGACAUUGGUUGAGUUUAGCGAUUGGCUAUACAAGUUAGCGGAAGCAGCUAGCGCCGUAACAAUGCCACAGUUUUCAUGUGUCGCUGACAAUAAAUAUCGUCGUACCCGAAAAGAAGAUGGAUUCUUGAACACCCACGCUGGAGCGCAGAAAGUGGAGCAGUUUGGUUCAAGCAAUAGUUGUGUCGUUUGCAAGGGAAGUUGUGUUGCAGUAGAGAAGUGUAAGCAAUUUGUUUCAUACAGUCUUUCCGCGCGUUGGGACGCACUACGGGAGCAUAAACUAUGUCGUAGUUGCUUAACAAACCAUCGAGGCCCGUGCAAAUCCGCAAAACCGUGUGGCAAGAACGGUUGUGAAUACAAGCAUAACCGACUACUGCACAAUGACGCAAAGGAUAAGCAAGAUACGCCAAUGGCUAGUUCGAGCAACCACACCAACGGUCAAAGGCCAGCGGCUCAUGAUAUUGAGUCGUGUAACAUGCAUCGGGGAGGAAGCAAUUCUGUACUGUUUCAGUACAUUCCCAUUAUUCUUUAUAACCAAGGAAUCGAGAUUCGUACGUACGCGUUUUUGGACAGUGGAUCGUCUCUGACGUUGAUGGAGGAAGGUCUAGCGAAACAGUUACACCUGAGCGGAGAGAAGCAUCCAUUGUGUCUGCGGUGGACUGCUGAUACUUGCCGCUAUGAGAUGGACGCCACUAAAUGUUCUUUGAACGUAUCCGGCACGCUAGACGGAAGUAGUCAACACAACUUGAUGGAGGUCUACACGGUGAAAGAUUUGAAGCUACCUUCUCAAUCGUUAUCAGCUGGAAAACUGUCCGCCAAGUACGCGCACCUAAAAGGGCUGCCGAUAGAAUCUUACAACAACGUUCAACCGAAGCUACUGAUAGGUGUGAGUAACGCUAGAGUGAUGCAAGCCCUGGACAGCCGUGAGGGAAUGUUAGAUGAACCCGUUGCAGUUGAAACGCGUCUUGGCUGGACGGUUUAUGGUACGAUGAUGAACAGUUUUCUAUCAAGUGUCGUUCCACACAGUUUCCACAUCUGUUCUCACUCUCGCGGAGCGGACGAAAACCUUCAUGAGGCAGUGAAGAACUACUUCACUCUCGACAGUUUAGGAAUUGGAUCUCCACAAAACCAGCUUCUCUCCAAAGAAGACGAACGGGCCCUAGCAAAGUUGCAUAAAGUUACCACAUUCCAAGAUGGACGGUACCAAGUGGGACUUCAUUGGAAAUACGAUGACAUACGACUGCCUAAUAAUCGAACCAUGGCGCUCAGGCGUCACCAUUGUCUGAUCAAGAGGAUGGAACGCGAACCCAUGUUGGCUGAAACGGUACGGACGAAAAUGGAAGAUUAUGAAAAAAAGGGAUAUAUACGCAAAUUGACAACGAAGGAGAAUCGAGAAACCGGCAAUCGUACGUGGUACUUACCGAUUUUCCCGGUCUUUAACCCCAACAAGCCGGGUAAAGUCCGGAUAGUCUUUGAUGCUGCCGCAUCCUUCGGAGGUGUCUCGUUAAAUUCCGUGUUGAUGAAAGGCCCGGAUCAGCUGAACGCUCUUCCACCAGUAUUAUACAAAUUUCGUGAGCGGUUGAUAGGCCUUGGAGGUGACAUCGCUGAGAUGUUUCACCAGUUGCGGAUGAACCCUGAAGACGCAGACAGCCAGCGGAUUUUAUGGUGUGCUAAUGCUCAAACAACGGAGCCAUGCGACUACGUCAUGCAGGUGGUAACCUUUGGGGCUACCUGCUCCCCGAGUACAGCACUUCACGUUCUGAAAGAGAACGCGUCCCGAUUUGAAAUACAAUAUCCUGUGGCGGUUGAGGCUAUCUUUCGUCGCCACUAUGUCGACGAUAUGUUGACAAGCGUUAACACUGAUGAGGAGGCGAUCAAAUUGGCCAACGAUGUCCAACACAUACACAACCAGGGAGGAUUUCUAAUGCGAAACUGGGUUUCGAACUCGCCUGUGGUACUAGAAGCCCCCGGAGUAAGUCCAAAGCAUGAGAAAUCACUAGAGAUGAACGCUGAGCUCGCUAUGGAAAAAGUCCUUGGUAUGUGGUGGAGUACGACUACUGAUGUCUUCCGCUACAAGCUCUGUACGGAUCGCAACCGGGAGCUAUUAUCUGGCUCCAAAUACCCUACUAAGCGAGAUGUGCUGCGAACUCUCAUGGCUAUCUAUGAUCCUUUAGGGCUUAUCGCGCACUACCUGAUGUAUCUGAAGGUACUUCUUCAGGAAAUCUGGAGAGCCAAAACUGGAUGGGAUGAUACUAUUGAACACAAACAUCUGGAGAAAUGGCUGCUCUGGUUGCGCAUACUACCCGAGCUGGAAACUGUUGAGGUACCUCGUUGUUAUUUUCGUCAUGAAGCAGGUAUCGACAAUGCUACCGUGGAACUUCACACCUUUGUGGACGCCAGUGAGAAUGGUUUCGCUGCUGUGUCAUUUUUCCGCUUCGAGGUAGACGGCCACAUCGAGUGUUCUCUCAUCGGGAGCAAAACAAGGGUAGCACCUAUAAAAUUUGUUUCCAUCCCUCGUCUCGAACUGCAAGCAGCUGUUGUCGGCGCGCGUUUGGCCCAAAGUAUUGUUGAAGGACACUCUAUCAAAAUCGACCGCCGCUACUUCUGGACAGAUGCACGAGACGUUAUAUGUUGGCUGCAAUCUGACCAUCGUCGCUAUUCUCAGUUCGUAGCUUUCCGCGUCGGCGAAAUAUUGGAAACAACAAACGUUAACGAGUGGAGGUGGCUGGGUACCAAGUACAACGUUGCCGACGACGGCACAAAAUGGAAAUUUAGGCCGGAUCUCAGACCUACAAGCCGUUGGUUCAUCGGUCCUCCAUUCCUGUGGAAGCCGAAGAGUGAAUGGCCGGUUUCAACUCUAUGCGGAGAAGUAACAUCCACGGAGAUCCGAGCCAGUCUACUGCACCAUACCGAAGCUAAAAACGAGGCCGUUCUACAACCGGAUAACUACUCUUCUUGGCAGCGGUUGAGACGUGUGAUCGCCUUUGUUCAACGCUUCGUCGGAAACAUCAAAAGAAAACAAAAUAGUCAACCUGUGAAUUUGGGGCCCCUAGAACACGAAGAACUUUCUGCCGCAGAGAUGUUUCUAUUUCGGCAAGCCCAGAGAGAUGACUACGGCGAAGAACUGGCGGCUAUAUCAGUAGGGAACCGUCAGCUCAACAAGAAGAGCCGCUUAUACAAGCAGAGCCCUUUCAUUGAUGACUGUGGCGUAAUGCGAAUCCACAGCCGUCUAGGAGAGUGUGAUUUUUUGGACGAAAGCGAUUCCCAUCCCAUCAUUCUCCCUCGGGAUCACCCAAUUACCCGUCUCGUGGUAGCCAAUGUACAUCAGCGUUAUCAUCAUCAGUGCCACGAAACUUGUGUGAACGAGAUGCGGAAAGCAUUUUACAUUCCACGAGUGCGUAGAGUCUGUAACCAUGUUCGCCGAAGUUGCCAGAUGUGUAAAAUAUUCACUGCAAGACCAAUGCCACCGUCGAUGGGUCCACUUCCGAAAGCACGAGUAGCGGCCUUCGUACGACCAUUUUCGUACGUUGGCGUGGAUUUUUUUGGUCCGUUUCUCGUCCUCGUUGGUCGUCACCACGAGAAGCGCUGGGGUAUGAUUGUCACAUGCCUAACCGUUCGGGCAAUACAUAUCGAAUUAGCAGCAUCAUUGACUACAAGCUCCUGCAUCAUGGCUUUAAGGAACUGCUUCGCGCGUCGUGGAACACCUGUCGAAAUUAGAAGUGACUGCGGAACCAAUUUUGUCGGCGCAGAUAAAGAACUUAAGGCUGCUGUGGCGAAUCUGGACCGGGACAAGCUAGUGACUGAAUUCACCACUCCAACAACUUCAUGGAUUUUCAACCCUCCCGCCUCACCUCACAUGGGUGGGUGCUGGGAACGUCUUAUCCAGUCAAUAAAGAAGAUCCUUGUCGUCGUUAAACCUCAGCGAGUAACUACAGAGGAAGUCUUGCGAAGCUACCUUAUUCAGGUGGAAAACAUCGUUAAUAGCCAACCUCUGACUCACAUUCCUGUGGAUAGUUGUUCUUCACCAGCUCUCACCCCGAACCACUUCCUAGUGGGUUCGUCAAACGGAUCCAAACCUCUCGUCCCAUACCAGGACUGUCCUCUAGCACUUCAGAGGUCUUGGAAGGCAUCAGACGCUUUAGCUAAUCGUUUCUGGCAACGAUGGAUUACAGAGUAUUUGCCCACGAUCACUCGUCGCACUAAAUGGUUCAAUCAAGUGAAGCCUAUUGCGGUGGGCGACGUCGUCAUUGUGGUAGAUCCGGAUCUGGCACGGAGUUGCUGGCCUAAAGGACGAGUGGUGUCAGUUACAACCUCCUCUGACGGUCAAGUUCGUUCUGCGGUAGUGCAGACCGCUUCAGGACUCUACAACAGACCCGCAGUUAAGUUAGCCGUGUUGGAUGUAGGUGCAAACGACAGUAGAUCGGACCAGGGUCCAACUACCGGGGGGGAUUGUUGCGUACACCCUGUAAGUGACGCCGCACACAACCACACGGCACGUUGAUUUCCGACCUACCAAGGUGAAGGUGGCUGCCAUUGGCAGUGACAGAUGAGAAACAAAAACAAAAAACAACAUUCCAUCACCAGAAAGUAAAACGUGGAUUGGUAAAAAAGGCUAGCUGAUUAAUUCGUUAAAAUUCUACCUAAAAUUUAUUUUAUUGUUAUUAAAAAUAGUUUGAUUUAAAACUUAAUUCUAUUGUGCUAAAACCGAAUGCUAAAAAGGGUAAGAAAAAGCGUUAAAACCUUAAAAUUAGCUAAAACAAAUUGUAAAAAUUAUAGGUUAGCGCUACAGGAACCUAUCCAACAUAAUAAAUCGCACGACAGAUAGGAAACGUACAAACGUAAGUUUCAAAUGAAAUUGUAAAACCAUUAUCCAAAACUGUUAUUAUUAUAGGAAAAUUUUAAUCUCUCUCUCUCUCUCGCUGUGAAAUAAAGAGGAUUGAAUUUCGGAAAAAGUGUUUCCAUCGUUGCAUUUUCAACAGCUAGAAUAUAACAUAAAAAACCUAUUAAUCGCUGGGGUUCCAUUGGUGUGAGAAUUAGAACAUACCAUAACUGCAUGCUCGAGACAAACAUAUUUCUUACAUUUCAUGCAGUUGUAGCGUAUUUUGCUGGCCUUUUUUUUGAAAAGAAGAAUGUAUAACGAUCUUCUAGAUAGUUACCGAAUGAGAAAGAUUCUGAAAUUUCCAGUUUUUAUAUUUCUAAUAUUCUUUGUUUCUGUGUUCUAGGUAAACUAAGAAUCAAUGCCUAUUUUUCUGAUGGGGCACAAAAAUGUGAUAUAAUAGAAUUUCUAGGAACAUCCUGCGACUUGUUUUCUUGUCGAUAUUGUUCAGCCCAUACAUUAUAAAAAAUAUGCCCAAAAAUGUAACUGUAAAAAAUAACCAAAAGCCUCCGAUUAGUUUACAGUUUACAAUUGUUCCAUAAGUGCAUUCAUUUCACAAGUGUGUAUAUGUAUGAUCAUUGUAUUUAGCUAUUAACUGUACGAAAGUCAAACAUUUGUAUUUUCCUUUGCACGUAUGGAUAUAACAAUGAAUACAUGAGUCCGUUCAAUUCGGUGACAAAAAGGACUAAAAUCAAAUAAAAAUAGUCCGGUAAUGAACGUAUGCAUUAUAUUCAACAAAUA